UGUUGUUUAGGUUUUGAUAUGGAAAGGUCACUACUCACUUAGUGUACCCACUCUAUUCUUUAUAAUCAUCGUUUCCACAUUUUUUUUGUUCCAUUCUUUUUUUUUUGUUGUUCCCUCUUUUCUCUUUCCUCUACGAUUCCUCUAAGGUUGACAGUUCCUAAGUCGUUAUGGGUAAGGAGAAGAUUCAUAUUAGCUUGGUGGUCAUUGGCCAUGUCGACUCUGGUAAGUCGACAACAACUGGUCAUUUGAUCUAUAAGCUUGGUGGUAUUGACAAGCGUGUGAUUGAGAGAUUCGAGAAAGAAGCUUCUGAGAUGAACAAGAGAUCCUUUAAGUAUGCCUGGGUGCUUGACAAGCUUAAGGCUGAGCGUGAGCGUGGUAUUACUAUUGAUAUUGCCUUGUGGAAGUUCGAGACUAAUAAGUACUACUGCACUGUCAUUGAUGCUCCUGGACAUCGCGACUUUAUCAAGAACAUGAUUACUGGUACCUCCCAGGCUGACUGUGCUAUCCUCAUUAUUGACUCCACCACUGGAGGUUUCGAGGCUGGUAUCUCCAAGGAUGGCCAGACCCGUGAGCAUGCUCUUCUUGCCUUCACCCUUGGUGUCAGGCAAAUGAUUUGCUGCUGUAACAAGAUGGAUGCCACCACUCCUAAGUACUCGAAGGCUAGGUAUGAUGAAAUUGUCAAGGAAGUCUCUUCAUACCUCAAGAAGGUUGGAUACAACCCUGAUAAAAUUCCAUUUGUUCCUAUCUCUGGGUUCGAGGGUGAUAACAUGAUUGAGAGGUCCACCAACUUGGACUGGUACAAGGGGCCAACCCUUCUCGAGGCUUUAGACUUGAUCAAUGAGCCAAAAAGACCCUCAGACAAGCCUCUCCGUCUCCCACUUCAGGAUGUCUACAAGAUUGGAGGUAUUGGAACUGUGCCUGUAGGGCGUGUUGAGACUGGUGUCUUGAAGCCCAAUAUGGUUGUUACCUUUGGUCCUUCUGGACUGACCACUGAGGUUAAAUCUGUUGAAAUGCACCAUGAGUCGCUUCCAGAGGCUCUUCCUGGUGACAAUGUUGGUUUCAACGUGAAGAACGUUUCUGUCAAGGAUCUCAAGCGUGGUUAUGUUGCUUCUGACUCCAAGAACGACCCUGCUAAAGGGGCAGCUAGCUUUACUGCACAGGUCAUUAUCAUGAACCACCCUGGACAAAUCGGAAAUGGUUAUGCUCCAGUGCUGGACUGCCACACCUCUCACAUUGCUGUCAAGUUUUCUGAGCUUCUGACCAAGAUUGACAGGCGAUCUGGGAAGGAGCUCGAGAAAGAGCCUAAGUUCUUGAAGAAUGGCGAUGCUGGUAUGGUUAAGAUGAUUCCCACCAAGCCCAUGGUGGUGGAGACUUUUGCAGAUUACUCCCCACUCGGUCGUUUUGCUGUGAGGGACAUGAGGCAGACUGUUGCUGUUGGUGUCAUUAAGAGUGUUGAGAAGAAGGACCCAACUGGUGCCAAGGUCACCAAGGCUGCCCUCAAGAAGAAAUGAACAAUGUCUGCAUUAUUCGCGGUAUAUGAUUUCUAUAGAGACUUGAUAGUCUCAGUUAGUAGUGUUUAUGUGCUUUGCUUUGGUCUUUAUUUUGUUUAUUGUAGAAUAGUCUCAUCACCAACAUCAAACACCUAUUCACAGAAUUGGGUGCUUGAUCGUCGGUGGUAAGGUUUUGAUCUGCAAUGCUAGUCUUUUUUCAUAUUUAUAAACUAUGUUUGCGAGAAAAACAAUAGGAUAUCCUCUUACACAGGGGAAUCCAUAAUGAAUUUGAGUGUAAAUGGAACUAUGUUUCCAUCUAUUAUGAUUACGAAUUAACGAUAUACGGAGUAUAAUUA